CCGACUGCAGCAGUCAGUACAUCUGGGGAGUUCUUUGAGAAGAACAGUUUGCUGCACGGUUACCCCCUUGAAGCGCUGUCAGCUGGCUGUUCCUACAGGUUCACUCCUCUCUCCAUGGAUCUAGCUGAGAAUCUCGCAUCUUGCACGUACAACCAAGGCGGCACGUGCGCCAUCUUUGGCCAACUGAACGACAUCAAUGGCCUACUGCGACAGGUCAAGCUCGAGCUUCGAGAAACAUCUCCUGGAACACUGUCACUGACCCAAGCACCCCACUUGCGCCUGAGCCAGGACUUUAUGAGUGGUCAGAAUCCUGAGGCGUGGCACCUGCUGGAUGCGGUUCUACAGCAGCACCUCUGCGUCAUCUCUAUCUGCAUUGAUGAACGCCAAGAACUCACCGGUAUUCCGUUCGACAUAAUAACCCGCAAGGUACCUUCGCUUGUUAUGCUUCGAUUGCGUGCCGUGGCUGUGGGCGACCAAGGGCUCGUUAGCCUAGCGAGAGCUUUACCUUCAGGCCACCGUCUUCAGAAUUUGCGGUUGGAGGCUGUUUUCUUGAACGCUGACUGUGUGUUACUUCUGUGCAGCUAUUUAUUCAAAACAGUGACAUUGGAGACUUUUUCAUUAGCUCGUACGCACAUAUGUCACAGUGUCGCAGACAGAUUAUUCAAUGCACUGCAGAAGAGCUUGACAAUCCGCACGCUGCAGCUGAGCCUAUGUCUCUGCUACCGGGGAGAUUACAUGGGCCAUUGUACCCAGUUGGCUGCCUGCCUGGGCAUUAAUUGCAAGUUACGCACCCUGAUUUUAGAACGCUGCUGCUUCGACUGCGUGCCAGGAUUGCAGGUCAUUCUGGACGCGCUCAGAUAUGCCCGGCAGCUUGUCACUCUUUACCUAAUCGGAUUCAACAACACCAAGGUUUUCGCCGAGGUAAUGCCGCUAAUUAUAUUUGAUAAUAAAGUUUUGCGCAACUUGAAUGUCAUGCCUGCCGAAGGUGGAGGACACGCGGAAAGGUGGAACGCGUGGCCGCUUGUUCGGCUGACCCCCAAGGAGGCCAUGCCUCAAGAGGCUAUGGUAGAAAGAGAGCAAAUCUCCAAAAAGGAAGCCGAGUGCAACAGCCGGAUUAUCACUUACAGAAAGCGGAAUGCGGAUAAAACCCGCUUCAAGCACGAGACGCCCUCGGCUAGGCAAACUGGAACCCACGUUCGCCCCGCUAAAGCCAGCCAACUGAGAAAGCUUGCCACAGCCUCCAGGCUACCGCGCCUGCCCACAUCACACUUCCGAGUGGUCAUCUGCCCAGGGGGAGGGCUGGACGUGCGAACAUGCAGUCAGUUAACGGUCACGCAAGCCAUCUUAAUGGCUGCCAGGCUGUGCCCAGUGGCAGCCGAGGAGGAUAUUGUGUGUGCGAACGCUAUGCAGAAUAUCUUCAUUAUAAGCACAACCUCCGAAUCGAAUGCCAAUGCAUACUGCAAAGUGCAGGAAAUAUUUUUGGCAGAUAAAAAGCACUCUAUCUCGGCGUACAUUACACCUCCGGGAAAUACCUGUAGAGGUGUGCUCAGAGGCAUCUACACCAAUCUGGCCAAAGCUGCGCAGCAAAGCCUUUUUGUCACACCCAGAAACCCGAUUGUGAUCAGAGCCCUCAUUGUCAACCAAUUGUCUCGCAUCAUUGCUUGUUACGUGGCCCUUACAGCCAUCACCCUGCAAUUGCUCUUUGCCGACAUUGUCGACAGUGUACCCCUCUUGGAUGUACCCUGA